GUAAAGUAUCUGAGACCCACGAAAUUGAGCGAGCUUUUGAACAUGAAGGCGGCAUUCUUAGUCUUGAGCCUCUGGGCAACCUUGGCCUUUGCUACUGACCUCAAAGCCGUCGUGGAAAAAGCACAAGAUGAAUUAACGGAAGAGUGGCACCAAAAGGUCAAAGACGGCUUGACCACACCCGAAUCAAAGAGACGAAAAUUCACUCCAGGAUCCCGGGCCAUGAAAGACUUAAACUCUUUGGUGGGCAAGAGUGUGGCUAUUCUCGAGCAAGAGGGCGUUAAGUCAUCAGAAGGCUUGCCCUUGGUUAUUUAGUCCUUGUCUACUCGGAGGGGUUACCCUGGGGGAGGACAAGAUCCUGUCCUGGACAUUUGCCGAGGAAUCGGCCCCGACUGCGAAGAGCAGGAAAACCGACCUUUUAGGACUUUUAAUGGGACUUGCAACAACUUGAGGAACUCACUUUGGGGCUCGAUCCUGACCCCUUUCACCAGGUGGGCUACUCCGGCAUAUCAAAAUGGGAUUGACACUCCCCGAGGAGGUAUUGCUCCAUUCAUGAUUGGUCGGAAGAAACGUUCCCCCCAAAGUGUGAGCGGCUUUUUAGACCCAACGCUCGUGAAAGAAGUGAGCCCCAUCUUGUCCGUGCCCUGUUCAGGUUUCCCUGCUGGGGUGCUUCCAAAUCCCAGGUUGGUUAGUUCAACUUUCCACCCCCACCAAGACAUCCCAGAUGGAAUUGCCACCCACAUGGUGGCCAUCAUGGGGCAAUUUUUGGACCACGACAUAACAUUCACCCCUGAGGAAGAGGCGGAAGGCUGCUGUUGUGGAUCGACAGAAGAAGCUUGCUUUCCAAUCAAGGUCAAUCGGAAUGAUCCCUUCUUCAACAGACACAAAGUUGGAUGUCUUGAUUUUACGCGGUCUAUGGCAUUUUGCGAACAUUUCAGACGCCAACACCGAGAGCAAAUUAACGGUAUCACGGCCUUCGUGGACGCCUCCAACGUGUAUGGAUCGACUAAAGCUAGGGCAGAUUCGUUAAGAACACUUUCCGAUGGCUUGAUGAAGAUUUCUACCGAAGGAAUUUAUGAAAUGCUCCCAAUCAUUAACGGAUCCUACCAUGCAGGAGAUACGCGAGCAAUGGAAAAUCCGGCACUAGCCUCCAUGCACACUUUGUUCCUUCGGGAGCACAAUCGAAUUGCCGAACAACUACACAACAUGGAACCCCAUCUAGAUGAUGAAGAGAUCUACCAACGAACCAGACGCAUCGUUUCGGCUGAGAUGCAAAAUGUGGUUUACGGAGAGGAAGGCUACCUUUCUAUUGUCUUGGGGCCAGUUGCGAUGGCUCAGUAUGAUCUCGUUGUUUCUCCCAAUCCUUCAACUUAUAACCCUGAUCAAGACCCAUCAAUAAGCAAUGUUUUUGCCACAGCCGCUUAUCGAUUCGGACACUCAAUGAUUCAAGGAGUUGUAAAUAUGGUCAAUGAAGCAACUCGAGCACUUGAAAGCGAAUAUGCGCUUCAGGACAAUUUUUUCAGCCCGGCCCACUACCUGUCUUUCAACGGAGCCGGCAUGGAAAAGAUUCUUGGAGGAUUGGUCAACCAACAAGCCCAAACCUCAGACCGAUUCGUCAUCAAUGAUGUCACCAACCAUCUCUUCCCAGAACACGGGGCCUCGUUUGGCAGCGAUCUUGUGGCCCGAAAUAUUCAACGAGGCCGUGAUCACGGACUAGCCAGCUACAUGGCCUACAGAGAAUUUUGCGGGCUCGAGCCCUUUUGCAAAUGGUCGCAAAAACCUGCCGAUAUUUCUUCUGCAAAUUGGGAUAUUUUAAUGCGUUUGUACAAGAACCCACAUGACAUAGAUGUGUUUGUUGGUGGCUUGGCCGAAAGACCCAGCCAAGAUGGGCUCACGGGUCACACAUUCCAAUGCAUCAAAAGCAAGCAAUUCCAAUUCCUAAAGUACGGCGAUCGCUACUUCUUCACCCAUGCCAAUCAAGCUGGAUCCUUUAAACCUUACCAGAUAUCAAAUUUACUUCAACGAACUCUCGGGGACAUCAUUUGCGACAAUACACGGAUUGAAUCUGUUCGAAAGAACGUGUUCCUUGUGGAGUCCCCAUUGAAGAGAUGUACAGAUAGGAACCAGCUUGAAAUUGAGCUAUUCAAGGGACUGUAACUUGCGUUUUCGCGCACACAUUCGGUAAGUUUGAAAUUGAUCACCAUACAUGUAGCUGAUUUCGGUUUUGAAUAAAUGAA